ACCACCUCAUUCAUUCAUUGUCUCCUCCAAUUUUACAAAUCAACCUUUGUCUCCGGCGGAUAGAUCUACAGUUCUACACCAACUAGGACCGGUGGUUAUCAUCAAUCUCAUUUACUUUGGGUGGACAACAUGAACAUCUUGAACUGGCUAAUCUGUGGGAGAGUCUCAAGGACAGGGCAAAGACAGAGCCAAUCGCAAGGUGGAGUACACUGAGGUAUCUCUUGUUGCCCACCCCACUUUGGUGGAACCCACCCACCACCACCCUACUCCAACUGCACCCAAUCCCCAAUCUACUCUAGUUGCUCCCUCUCCCCCUGUGGGAUUUUUUGCCGUGUUCACAUCUGCCAAAGCAUUUGAUGCUAUUGGCAAGGGGAGGCUUACAGAAGGAAUUUGUAAAAGAGAGUGGCUGUUACAUGGGUUAUGGCCCAACCCGAAACAAGCGACAAAAAUAACUAAAGAUUAUAUCAAACCCGAAGACUUGAUAGAAUCUUAUCCCGCAAUAGAAGAUGCUUGGAGAUCCAUUGACAGGAAGCGGACGUCAAGGGAAUUAAUGGUAACCCAAUGGGCCAAACAUGGCGUCUACAACCCAAGGAUUGAUGCCGUGGACUAUUUUAAUCUGGGCGUGCUAGUGAACCAAGAGGAAAAAGAGCUUGAAGAGAACAUCUAUGCAGAGAUAUCAAGUUCAUUUAAAGGGCCCGUGAUUGAAGGGCAUGAUGAAUGGACCACUUGGCGUCCAGUCUCGGUGUCGGCGCUCUCCGAGAGGCUCGGAAAUAUUUAUGGUUGUCGGCCAAGCAUCAAGGCCAUCAGGGUGAAAGGAAAACUUCUACUGCAUGAGAUAGGCUUUGAGAUAGAGCACGACCCAAGCACCGCAAGCUACAGAAAACACAACGUCGAUGCAUCAGAGCUUUAUAAAUCAUGUCGCUCAGAAGACAUGAUAUUGAUGUAGAGGUGCCUAAUGUGUGUUUUAUUUGAGUGUUUUUGUUUGUUAAAUAUCUACUGUUAUGGUGCUCCUGUUGAUGCCUAUUCUAUUUGAAGUGUUUUGUUUGUUAGAGAUCUAUUUUUAUGGUGUUGUAGGAACACACCUU